CGGCCUCCCCCUCAUCUCUAUUUUUUCCCCCGUUCCCUUCUCUCUCUGUCUCUCCUCUCUUGGUCUGCCUCUCCUGGCGGCGACGAUUGGGCCAGCGGCGGCGCCAUUCGCCACGUCUUCGCCGGGCCCUUGGCCGGCGACGGCGACGAGCACCCACCAGCUUGGCAAUGACUGCUGUGCGUGCGUGCUUCAGGACCUCAUGCUGAUUGAGUGAACACCAGUACCAGUAGCAUGUCAACUUGCCUCCACGUCCAAGAUCCCAGGAAAAGUGCUAUGUCUCGUCCGCUCGAUUUUGCUGUACUUAAAUACAAAAAUCAAAAGCUUUCGGAACAAUUGGAAGUUCACAAAUUUGAGUUCCGUGCUCUUGAGAGUAGAUUCAAUGAUUUAAAAGAGAAGCAGAGGACACAUAAUGAGACACUUGUCCUGGUCAAAAGUUAUUGGGAGCGACUUGUAGCAGAUCUUGAGUUAGAUUCUGUUUGCAAAAGUGAAUCUUCGAAUUUGAGCUGCAGUACAGGCCACAACAACGUACGAAAGGAUGGUAUAUGCAUGGCCCUAGAAAGGGACUUCUUAAAUAGACUUUUGGAGGCUGGUGCCACAGAAAGUUCAGAUUGUUCUCCCAGUUGCCAUCCGGGAAAUGAUGUCCCUCCAGAACAAUCAUCAACGAUUAAUGUUCUGCAGAAGUUCUUCCUUCCAUCAAGUGAUCUGUGGCAUGUAAAUAACGAGUUUGUUUCUGCUGCUCUCACUAAACUGCCAGAAAAUGAACACAGCAGGCAACUACGCAGUGCUACCAGUGACGUGUUAUCCAAGCUUAAUAAAGUGAUACAGGUAGUAGAUAAUCUUCACUUGAAACACAGGCAGUUAGCAGGGAACUACCAAAAACAAAGAGAUUCGAAUGCCUGGAAUAAAGCUGAACAGAAACGUCUGAAAGAGGAGUUGACCAGUACUGUUGCCAAGUUGGAAGAAACCAAGCACGAACUGGCAGCACUGAAAGCACAGGGAGACAAUAAGCAAGGGACUCCGAUUCUUGUUCCUACAGUUGGAAACAAAAAUGCAACUGCAGAGAAGGUGAGAGAUAAACAAAGAGAACUGCAAGAUCUUGAAGCUACCCACAAGGAGUUAAUGGAACUGAGUUCAAAGCGUCUGGAGGAAAUUAGGAGACUGCACAAAGAGAGAAUUGAAACUUUGAACAAGUUAGCAACUUUUCAGAAUAUACUGACAGAUUUCAAAAGCAUUCGUUCUUCCAAAGCUUUUCAGCUUGUUAAUGAUCAACUUCAGAAGUCUCAAGCAGAGUUGGAUGAUCACCGAACAUUGUUAGAGAAAUUACAGGUUGAUAUGGAUAGCUUUAUUUGGCAAGAAAGGCAAUUUAAUCAAAAAGUUGAUCUGGCUGAAAUCCCCCAGAAGGUUUCUGCAUACUGUAUGUCUAGAAUUGCUGAUCUUGAAAAGGAUGUUCAGAAACUAUCUAAUGAAAAGAAUAUGCUGGUGCUGAAACUUGAAGAGGCUUCAAGAGAACCUGGUCGGAACCAAGUUAUCUCAAAAUUCAGAGCUCUAGUGUCAUCACUACCGACGGAAAUGGGUUCUGUUCAAAGGGAACUGUCCAAACACAAGGAUGCUUCCUUACAGUUGCAUUCUUUGCGAGCAGAAGUUCAUUCACUUUCUAGUAUCCUAAACAGAAGGGAACAAGAAAUUGAAGAGAUAUCAUGUAAAUCUGGCCAUGCUGAUUCUGACAUAACCCAACUUCAAUAUCUGGUUCGUGAUCUAAGGGAAAAUGCAGAGGAGCUUAAGCUAUUUGUGGAAUUGUAUAAGCAUGAGUCCACUGAUUCCAGACAGCUGAUGGAAUCCAGAGACAGGGAACUUUCUGAAUGGGCUCGAGUCCACGUGCUAAAAUACUCUCUUAAUGAAAGUAAAUUAGAGCAACGUGUAAUUGCAGCCAAUGAAGCUGAAGCAAUGUCUCAGCAGAGACUAGCAACUGCUGAAGCUGAGAUUGCUGAACUAAGUCAGAAGCUGGAAGCUUCUAGGAGAGAUCUAGUGAGACUAUCUGAUACACUGAAGUCUAAACAUGAAGAAUGUGAAGCAUAUGUGGUAGAGAUUGAGAGCAUUGGCCAUGCAUAUGAAGACAUAAUGUCACAAAAUCAACAACUACUACAGCAGAUCAUCGAAAGAGAUGAUCAUAAUACAAAGCUUUUCAUGGAGGGUGUUAAAGCAAAACAGUCACAUGAUGCUUUGCACAUGGAAGUGUGCUCCUUGCAAAGAAAUUUGCAGCAUGCAAACACUUUGAUGGAUCUGUACAAGCAGAAAAUUUUCCGCCUAGAGGACCAGCUGCGAGUUUGGUCAGAGCGGGCGAGGAGACUGUCGGAGGAUGGAAUGCAGCAAUCUAUUUCACUGGUCAAUUCUCAAAGAAAGCUGACUGGUAUGCGUGGAGAGGCUCCAAAGCUCAGGCAGUCAAUGGAUGAACUACAAGCUAAGGUUGGGAGCAAUCGACUGGAAGUUGCCGAGCUGCUUAUAGAACUAGAGAAGGAGAGGUUUAGUAAGAAGAGAAUAGAGGAUGACUUGGAUCUAAUGUCAAGUAAAGCUAAUUCUCUUAGAGAGAAGACAGAUAAUUCAGCAGUCCUGCAAAAGCUUCAUCAUGAGGUCAAGGAGUAUAGGGGCAUAUUAAAGUGUGGUAUCUGUCAUGAUAGGCAGAAAGAGGUUGUGAUUGCCAAGUGCUACCACCUCUUCUGCAAUCAGUGCAUACAGAAGUCACUUGGUAGCCGUCAGAAGCGGUGUCCAUCUUGUGGUCUAAGCUUCGGUGUUAACGACGUGAAACCUAUCUAUAUAUGAAACAGUACAGUGAAGCUUGUGUCAGCAUGCAUCCAGGUCAAACUGCAUUCGGUGCUUUUGGUAGACAGACAUGGUGGUUCAGUCGGUGAUGUAACAUAGCUUUUGUAGCUUGUACAACCGAACAUGUAAGAUAGGCUAAAAUGUGAUUGCUGGUGCCUGCCGACAUAUAUAAUGCCAGUGUUGUUUCAUGCACCUUUUGUAAAGUCUGUUUGCCCUGCCCAAACAGUUAGAAUAGCCUGACCAUUCAUGAGGAUAGGUGCUUCCCGCCAUAGUGAGCAAUGUACAAUCCAUAGCUUUAGUUAGUUUAAUUGAUGUAGCUGACAAUAAGAAUGUAGGUUCCUUUUUGUACAUUUCAGGUGAUUGCCAAUAGUGAGAUUUCUGUUAGAUGCAGCGUUUGAUGAGUACUUCACAUUUACUUGAA